AUGGCAUAUAAAGUGGAUCAUGAAUAUGAUUAUUUAUUUAAGAUUGUACUAAUAGGAGAUUCGGGUGUUGGAAAAUCUAAUAUUCUUUCGAGAUUUACAAGAAAUGAGUUUUGCUUGGAGUCUAAAUCCACCAUUGGUGUUGAAUUCGCAACCAGGACUCUUCAGGUAGAAGGAAAGACAGUUAAGGCACAGAUAUGGGACACAGCCGGUCAAGAGAGGUAUCGAGCCAUUACCAGUGCAUACUAUAGAGGUGCAGUUGGGGCAUUGUUGGUUUACGACAUAACUAAAAGGCAAACCUUCGACAAUGUCCUGAGAUGGCUUCGUGAACUUCGAGACCACGCCGAUUCAAACAUCGUCAUCAUGAUGGCCGGAAAUAAGUCCGACCUCAACCAUCUUCGAGCCGUCUCGACGGAAGAUGCUCAAAGCUUGGCCGAGAGUGAAGGCCUGUCAUUCAUGGAGACCUCAGCUUUGGAAGCUUUCAACAUUGAGAAAGCAUUUCAGACAGUGUUGUUGGACAUUUAUCAGAUAAUAAGGAAAAAGGCAUUGGCAGCACAGGAAUCAGCUUCCGGUACUGGUGUACCACAAGGCACCACCAUUAAUGUCAACAAUAUGUCAGAUAAUGCAAACAAGAAACCCUGUUGUUCAACCUAG